UUCAUCGAAUCGAUAACAUUGGCGCUUGCCCACACUGCUGCAUUUGAAAAUACUGAUCCUUUUUUGACAUCUGCCUCUCGCCCUUUUAGUUUAAGACAAAAUUGGACAUAAUUGUGAUUGAGAAAGAUGCCAAACAGCGAGGUCCGGACGCCCCAGGCAAUAAAGAAUAGGUACUUCACAAAUCUGAGUGAGUUGAAGUGUAGGGCGCGUAGAAAUAGUGCCUCAAUUAGCAACAAUUCCGGGGCGGCGUCGGUGGCAACGCCAACGAAUGGCGGCAAGGAAAAUCAAAAUGGAAAAUGUAGCCCUCAGAUGUCGGGAUUUGUGUGCACACCGCCUCCAAAAAGACUGCACAAGGUAAGGAAUCCGUUCGAAGGAGCUUUGGCCGAUCGCUUGCACCUUCCGUUGAUUGCCAGUCCCUCGCUUUUCCGGUCCAGGACUCCUCAGCUCUCCUCAACUCAAUUCGAGUGGAAUAUAGAGGAGGUAUCUCAGCUAAAGCCCGCCGAUGUGGAGCCGCACGAAACACAGUUCCAUGACUCUCCCGAUCCUGAACUGGAGUCCAAAGCCCAGCUGGCCAUCAGUACCUUUUUCAGGGAAUCUCACAUUGUGCCCAGUCCCGUGGAUUGUCCUUUGCGUAGACAGCGCAUAGUACUUAACCAGAAUGAGGACAAUACGCCCAUAUCCAACAAGUCUCGCAGGAAGCGGGACUGUGAGGUGCAAACAGAGUUGACGCUGCCACCUGUGCUACCGAAAGCUCUCGAGGAUGCACUGCGCCCCUAUUUCCAGCCACACUUGGCGGGAAGGCUGUCUGACAGAGGAAAGUCCAGCGGUGGUCACGAUAUUUUCAACAGUUCGAUGCGGCGAAAACUCUUUGAUCUGCACAACGUGAUCGUUUUGGGUGAGCAAGAUCCGGCCGAGCCGUUUUCCCAAGUAGUGGGUUCCAGUCCUCAAGGUAAGCAGACUAUGUUCGCUGGCAGACUCUCGGACUCGACCUCUGCCGAGGGUAGCUUCGGUAGCCUUUCGCCGAUCCGAAAUCUUUGUGGAUUGAAUCCGGGGACUCCUGAUGACGGCAACUGCUCGGGAAAGAGAAAACUUCUAAUGCACGAGCUGGAAUUGCCUUCACCCAUUGCCCCCUCAGAGCAUCUAAGCCGGAAAUUGGCUUACUCCAAGGUAGAAGUUAGUGUCACGGAACAGCAUGAGACCUUGUCGGAGACAACUGCCCUGAAGUUUACGCCCGACAGGAGUUCAUCGCCCAUGGGUGCCCUGGAGCACUCGGACUGUAGCAUCAAUCAAAGAGUUAGUCGCUUGAGGGUGAACAGCACCCGUCAGGCUUCUCUAUCCAUAAUGCAAGUGGAGCAGCCCUUGUUCGAGGAAUCAGAUGAGGAGGAAGAGCAGGCGGAGGAGGACGAACAGAAUGAUGAGGAGGAGGAGGAGGUAGAUGUAGAGACCGAGGAGGAGGAUGGAGAAGCUAUGCAGCUCUCCACCCUCAGCUUCAAUUGCAGCUCGUCCAAUUCGGACACUCCGCGGGGACACAGAAGACAUCGGUCGGCUCAGCGCAAGAACCUGUCGCAAUCUUUCAGUGCAAAUCUAGAGGACGAAGAGGAUCAGAUGCAGGAGCAGGACAUUAAGCAGCACCUGACCGUUCCACCGGCUAUUAACCCGCAGCAGGGACCCAGGAUUCUCUUGUACCGCACGGAUAGCGGCUUCAAUGAAACAUCCAGCACGUCGACUUUUGUGUGCUCCCAGGAGCUACCCUUGGACAUCUCCAUGACCUGCUGCUCCACCCCAUCCAGCCGCUCCUGACCCGCAAAAGUUUGCCUUUUUAGUUCGUAUACCUUAAUUAUUUAAGAUAUUCAAUGCAAUAACUCAUUUUCCCAGGCUAAUGAGAGGAAGACUCGUAAUUAUCUGCAAUUUAAAACCACCGAUUAUAUAUUUUGUAUUUAAGUUUCGUCUUUGUAGUUUAAAUUUGCCAAAUAGUUUAAUAAGGUUUAUUCGCUUACCCUGUUUAUUGCCUCCAAUUAUUGUCCUUAGUCUUUAGAGAAUUAAAACUCGAUGCCAUAUUAGGUCUAAAAAGUUGUAUUUUAAUUUAAAUUUUGAAAAAUAUUUAUCCACCAUAAACAACAGAUUUUCUUUUGGCAGAAAGUUGAAGAAUUCUAGAAUGGAUUGAACAAAUUAAAAUUGAUUUCAAAUAAAGUAUUUUUAAAAAUAAAUAGUUUAAAAAAUUAAGUUGCCGUUAGUAGAAAGUAAGAGAGUUUGCGGUAAGAAACGCUAAUCGCUCACCUGGUCACACUAUUUGUUGUUUUUGUUUCUUCGUUGGUGUUUUUGUUUAUUUUCGUUUUAUCAGCUCAGGUAUGAAUAUCGGUGGUCUCCGCGUUGUGCCGGAAUGUAUGAUUUUUUUCAAAAUCAUCACUUAUUUUCGCGCUUGUUCAGCCUAAUUAGUCGGCUUUGCCUCAAUUAAAGAUAAGCUGUAAUAGUUUUUAAAAUAAUUUUUCUGUUUCGAAAAACGUGUCUUUUUAAUGAGAACUUGUUGCAUUCGGCGUUCGUACAAGUAAUUAAUUUUAAAAUUAUUCGUACGAUCGGUGGAGAUUUCUGCACUAAUUUUCACCUGAACGCUGCAGUGGGUGUGCGUGCGUGUGUGUGUGAGUUCUGUUAUAAAUAGCAAGAAGAGAGGAAAAAGCAGAUCGCUUUUUGGGCCGUAAAAAAAUGCCGAAAGAAAGUGCGAAGAAAGAUAAAUGAAAAUAUUUGUUUGUGGGCCAGCAACAUAAAUUAGAACAACUCGUAAAUUAAACGGGAACAGAAUCCCAAUCGUCAAUAAAAAAUUCAAACUAAAAUAACCAAACACCGGAAAUGUGCAAAUUGAUGAAAAAUUCAACAAAAAAUUGUUCGUUUGUUUUAAGAAAAUAAAUAAAAAAGAAAAAAAAAAAAAAAGGUUCCUGUUACAAGAAACCUGUUCCUUCUCCUCCGCACUCCACCUACUCGCAUGGGAUACACUGAAAACACUAAUAUACUCAUACCUGUACCUGUGCUCGAUUUUAAGGAUGCAAUUGGUAUCUCAAAAUAUGAAAUCUGUUGCAAAUCUAAUCUAAUCUUUAUAUUUUUGUAGAAAGAUAAGAUAAGAAAAGCUACAGCUACAGUCAUAAAAUAUUUAAAUAAUUAAUUAAUAUAAAAUACAAUUUUUCGCUGUGCUCUGCAUCCGUUUUGAGCGAAAGUUUCCUACACCCGGGUGUCCACUGUGCGAAAUGUGGGCUAACAACUUGGCCAGCUGUUGGCGCAGAAAGGGGCGGUUGGAGUGGAGUGGAGCGGCGACUGCGAAGGAGAAAAAUCUAGCCAAUUAAUUGUGCUGUGAAAGUGUGUGCCAAGUCAAUGUCUAUAAUAAAUACAAUUUUUUACAAUUUGCAGUUGUGCUUUUUGCGUUUUGCGCGAUUUGAUUCAAUUUGUUGCAAAGCAACAUUGGCGAAAAAAAAAAUAAAAUCCAAAACUAACAAAAACGGAAAGUCUUGCCUUGCAAUUGGACUUGAAUGGUAGACUGCGGCCUUUUAUUUCAUUUUUUUGCUCAUUUGGAGGUACAAAUUAAAUUGAAGGCAUAUUUUAACAUCUAUGGGCCAUCGCAUAGUUGCUGAGCAGUGAGAGUGAGCUUCGGCAAAUAUCAACAGCUGGGGGAAAGCAAAUCAUAAGUAAACA